CCUCGGUGGCGGUCGUGGACACGUCGAGCCCGGCAGAAGUGGAGGGGGCUUCCGAAGAGUCGUCGGGGUGGUGACGGGUUAAGGUUCUAAAAGAGAGGUGCCGGUGGCGAGACUAGAUCUGGAAGAAUCUCCUGCUGACUCAACUUUUCCUGGAAACCUGGACCAUUCCCACCAUAAGGAGAUAAGCCACAUGGCUUACAACAGUACAACAGUACCUCAUCACCAUCAUCCAACCACUUCGGCCUCCCACUCCCAUGGCGGGGGAAUGGGCAACAUGAUGAUGCAUAUGACCUUCUACUUCGGCUUCAAGAAUGUGGAGCUAUUGUUUUCUGGUUUGGUCAUCAAUACCGCUGGAGAAAUGGCUGGAGCUUUUGUGGCAGUGUUUUUACUAGCAAUGUUCUAUGAAGGACUCAAGAUAGCCCGAGAAAGCCUGCUGCGCAAGUCACAAGUCAGCAUCCGCUACAAUUCCAUGCCCGUCCCAGGACCAAAUGGAACCAUCCUCAUGGAGACACAUAAAACUGUUGGGCAACAGAUGCUGAGCUUUCCUCACCUCCUGCAAACAGUGCUGCAUAUCAUCCAAGUGGUCAUCAGCUACUUCCUCAUGCUCAUCUUCAUGACCUACAACGGCUACCUCUGCAUUGCAGUAGCUGCUGGGGCCGGCACUGGAUAUUUCCUCUUCAGCUGGAAGAAGGCAGUGGUCGUGGACAUCACAGAGCAUUGCCAUUAACGUUAAACUCCAUGGUGCGGCCUUAUCUAUUGCAGUAGGAAGCAGUUCAAGACUGAAAGAUGUGAUUCCUACUCCAACCUUCCCUUCUUGCUCCUUAUCUCCUUACACAUACACACCCCUGCUCAACAGAGGUUUAGCUCCUUAUCUCCUUACACACACACACACACACACACACCCACCCCACCCUCAACAGAGGUUUAGCCUACAGUCUCUGAGUGAAGUGAGAACCUCCCUGUUUGUUCUAAUGAGCUGAGAUUCCCUCAGGAGAUGUCCUCUCCUCCCCCAUCAUCCUAGAUCCAAAUUAUAUGUUCUUGUCCAAGUCAGGUCGCUUCUGUUCAAUGACUUGAUCACUGCUUCCUUUUUUACUCUUCUGUUUUUAUUUGGUUAACAGACAGUAUGUGAAUUUGGUGGGUUUUUCCUGGGCCAGUGAUGGAGAGAGAUUCACUUCAGCUAGGAGUGAUGGCAGCUGAGGGAAAUUCUCGCCCAACUAAACCCAGAACACAAACUUAACAUUGAAAAGUGAGCUCCAGUCUUUGGAUGCGAGGAGUAUGAAGUACAUUGUGCCUUUCAGUGUGAUGUGUGGUACCGAAAUCUCAGUAGUUUGCAGAAAGGUGGUUUGAGACUAAAUAUGGGCCUGGAGCUUGCAGAAGUGUGUAUGCAUUCUUGGGUGGCUGACUCAUCAACUUGUAUUCCUACUUAACAUUUUGAUCAGAAUGAACUUGUCAAUCAAAAAAAGAAGAGGACAAUCAAUUUGAGAAAAACAGAAAUAGAUAUUUUAAAAUAAAACCAUUGAUAUUUUACUUUCCGUACCUUGGAUUGUCACAGCUGAAUGAAGCAAAAGAAUGUGAAUUGUUUUCUUUUGUUAUUGUUUUCAGGUGUUGGCCUCUGAACCAGUUUUCAAACUCUAGCCUGCAUCAGAAUCACCUGGAGGGCUUGUUAAAACAAGUGUUAAAACUAGUGUUAAAACACUAGUUUCUGGGCCUCAACCCGGAGCCCCCAAAUUGGCAUUUCUAACAAGUUCCCAGGUGAUGUCCCUGCUGAUGGUCAGGGGACCAUGCUUUGAGAAUCUCUGCUUUAAACUAAGGAAGUGUCACCUGGUGGGAUGAGCUACCUGGUACUGGACACAGGCAUUUGAAUUGACAAUUGGUAGGUAGUAUGUCUAAGCUUAAUUCGUGUACUAAAUGCUGCUGGUCAAUACUUAAUCAUUCCACAAACAUGUAUUCAUCUCCAGCUGUGUGUACGUGUGCCCAAGGACUGUAGCUAAAGUAACUUUUAUCAGUAUGUAUGAAAUCACUAGUCUUUAUUUUUAAAGGUCUGUGGUUUCUUGGAAGUAGCUCAAAGAUUAAGGAAGACCUUUGAUCUGCAGUGUAAAAUCAGCCAGUCAUGGGUCAGGAGGGCAAAAGCCCAGCCCUCUCUUCGGAGAGGUUUAGGGUAUGGUCUGCUGAUGACCAGAUUUUCCUCAGCCCCCAAUAUCCAUGUCCACACCAAGCAGAUCCUCGUUCUCUAUGUGACUGUCUUUGUUACUCUUGGGGGUUUCGAUAGAUCACAUGUGGCCAAAACCUCUUUUUCUCAAUGAAGAAUCAUAUUGGACUUUUAUUCUGUUCAGUUAGUUUACACCACAGCCUGGUCCUCAAUCCAGACUACCUGUGUGAAGUGACUCUUCCCAUGCUGGUCUGUUAAAUCCUGCCCUCCUUGGUGCUAGACUCCAGUCGUGCCUCAGGGCACACGAGAAAACACACAACUCUUCUGUUGGCCUCUGUUGUGGUUUUGAAGUUUGUACUUUCUCUGUGGGUGCCAGUUAAAUAUUGGAGAGCGAGGAAUGUGUACUUCCCUGGCUUUAAACCAAGAGAAGGUUACGAGCUUACUGGAUCGAGGGUAAAAUCUGAGAACCAACAUUUAGAGUUUUGUGCUUUUCUCUCAUUCCAACCCCUUGUAGUACUGAUCUUUCGCAUGAGCGGAGUGAAUGACAGGUAGUGACAGAGUCCAAAAUGAAGGUGUAAAUAGCCAGUUAUUGUCUCAGUAGCCAAGGAAUAAUAAAACUGAGAAAUAAAAUACGACUCAAUGUAAAAGUGACCCUGGUGCUCUUUAGAAAUCUUGGCCUGAGCUGCUAUAAAAUACCCUUUCAGAAACAAGACCUUAUCAGUAAGGUAAGAAAAAUCAAGGCCAGUUAAGGCAAAGUGCUGUGAAUUUGAAACUCAAUGGAGAAACAUCAGUCUGGGAUAGGUCUUCAGGUAUUCAAGAUAGAGUGUCAUGAAAAACCUGAAUUCCAGCAAUUCUUAGAUUAGGUUGCCAAAGGAGGAAGGUAGUGAAGGAGAAAAAAUGGAAAGCUUAAAUUCCAUCUUUCUUGAGCUUUUAGAUUGUGAUAAUGAUCUCAUUGACUUUCAUUUCUGUAUCCCUGUUGAUCUGGAAUUUAGUGCCUGACUUUUGUUCUUUUGGAUCCAAAUUUCUCUUUUCCUCCUUCCCUGUUCACAUCUCUGAGAAGCUGGUAUCCCCAUUUCUUUGGUCCCCUAUUCUGCUUUCCUUUCCCUUUCUUUCAGUCUUUAAUCCCAUGUAUCCAGUUUAUGAAAUCUCCCUAGCCCUCCUGAGGCAGUGGAGAUACCAACCAGAAGUUGUAAAACUUAGUAGAGACCUGACGCACAUUUUGAGGAGAAAUUGUCCUGUUGGAAUUGCUCGAAGGGCUACCUACUGGCACCAUCAGCAGAGUUACAGAAUCUUAGGUGCUGUCUAAGGAGGAACUUGGAGGAACACGCAGCCCCUCAUUGCCUACAAACAGGGAAUCCUGUGUGUCCACCAGGGAAUUAGAAAUUAAGGUUUCUUCACUACUUCUAUGGUAGGGCUGUCUGGAAUUCUGUUUCAGACUGUGAGGCUCUGGGCUUGGAAUCUAGCCACAAGGGGUUUCUUAUAAGGAGCUGGAAGGGGAGGGGGCAGGGGUUACACGUUCAUGUCAUUUCAUUUUGAUCCUGCUCUCUCCAUGUUUCUUUCAGAAGAUAAAUCUAAAGAUACAAAGUCUGCAUUUGAUAUAAUGCCUUAAUCACUGAGUCUACAAUUAAUGUUGACUGUUUUAGAUUGUAAGCUCCUGGAGAGCAGUAUUGCUGUAGUAGGAAUGUGUUAACAGUGUCAUAUGUGAAAGAACAAAAUAAAUACUUUGAUUUUGUGAUUCUA